AUGGCUCCUUUCUCGGGGGACGGCGUGCUGUGGCUAUGCCUAGGCAUAUCGCUUUUCUUCGCCGUGCGUGGAAUCGCCACGGACUUACGCCAAGUCGUUGAUCUCACCGAGAUCAAGCAGAUCGAACGAGAAGACAAGAUUAUCAGUGAGGGGACAGAGGAAGUUCUCAAGCUAGAUACCCUCUUGAAGCUUUCCGAGAGCACGAGCCAUGACCUCCGAGCCGCGGCGCUGCGUAUUAUUUCAGAGCGAUCGACUAAGGGUGGAACGCGUGAUUUGUUACUGGACGAUCUGGCAUCCAAAGACAAGCUCCGGCAAGGCAGGGCAUUGACCGCGCUUCACUUUCUGGUCUCGAACAGAGCGUUAUCUCGAACUUCCGUUUGCACCCGACUCCGAGACAUCCAGACAUAUACAGCCUUGGUUAAUUGUCUUUGCAAUUUUCUGGACGAACAUACCGAGCAAACGUCUACCACGAGUUCGCCUAUCCUCCCCAAAACAAGACCCGUGGGUGAGAAGAAAGCACUUGCUAUCUUAAACAUUCUCCUGCCUGAAAAUAUACAUGCUGCGAUCGAGGCCGGCAUUGUCAGUCGCUGGCUCUGCAAAUACCCAUUUCCCUGUGCGCUGCGCGAGCCUUCACGUCGACAGGACGUGGCUAUUCUCAUGAAAGCAUGGUGGGCAGAUGACGCAGUCAUGAGUUCCAUAUUUGGAACAUUGACCUCGCACCCCGAUGGUGUCAAGCAACUCCGCAAACAUGGUCUUAUGGGCAGCAUGAUUGAGGAGAAUGACCAGGAUGACGAUGAGGAUGAUGAAGAUGGCGACGAUGACGACGCAGACAGCGAUGUGUGGAUGGUGGACGGAGAGGAUACAGCUGGAGCAUACCCUGAAUCCUCACCGAGAAGGCAUCGAGAAAGCAACGCUGCAGAGCAAGCACUUCGUCGACGGCGGAGGGAAGCGAUGGUAUUAAGUGAAGGAGGACGGCCGCUCGGAAGAGCUGAUAUCAUUCAGAGACCAGUCCAAGAAUGA